UUGGAUUUGUUCUGUUAAUCGAAGCCAAAAGGGUAAAAUGGAGAAUUUACAAAGUUCUGUUAAGGAGCCAGCCUCAUUCGCUGAAUCGCUAUCCAAUUCCAUCUUUCAGGCUCAGCCGAAAAAAACCCAGAUUGAAAAUGGCAAUGGCACUGGCAAUGACCACAGAUUGUGCAAGUAGUAGAUGGAGCAUGGCAUCUUUAAAGUCAGCUCUGCCGCCACUCGCUUCAACAGCUUCUUCCAUUAGAUAUCCAUGUCAUCGUCGUCGUAGCUCUUCCAAAUGCCCUCAGCUUGUUCGCUCUUUCACUGGUCUCUCUCCUGUUAACCCUCUCCAUUCCCUCGGUUCCUCUGUCACACAAACAUUGGCAGACCUCAACAGCUUUGAGCACAACUUCACCAUAAUUGAUAAUGGUUUUAAAGUUUAUGCUAUGAGGCAUGGCCGACGAGUACCUAAACUCAACAGGCCUCCUGACCAGCGUCGUGCACUCCUUCGAUGUCUCACCACUCAGCUCCUUAAAUAUGGUCGGAUCAAAACCACCAGGGCUAGGGCAAGCGCUAUGAGGAAGUAUGUUGACAAGAUGAUCACCUUAGCUAAGGAUGGUUCUCUUCACAAAAGAAGGCAGGCACUUGGCUUUAUUUAUGAGAAACAAAUUGUGCAUGCGCUAUUUGCUGAGGUGCAAGAUAGGUAUGGUGAAAGAAAUGGUGGAUAUACAAGAAUUAUUAGAACCCUACCUAGACGAGGGGACAAUGCGCCGAUGGCCUACAUCGAACUUGUGUAGGUACUUUCUGUUGUUAAGGAACAUUGCUUGAUUGUAUGAACGGUUGCCUGUUUUGAUAUGCAUCAGUGCAGCUGAACAAGGUUUGUCUUAAUUCGUAUUUUGUUUACCUUCAAUCAUGUAUGUCCCUUGAUGCUAGAUGAUGUUUUAGCUAUAUUUUCAUACCAGUUUAAUAUUUGGUUGAAUAAAUAAUGUCCAUAUAAUAUCCACAUAGUUAAAAUGCAAUUAAGGCACAUCUUGACAUCCCAGAAUUCAUGGCUAAAUGUUUACUACAAUUUUUCUUGAUCAGGGCCAUUUCCGUUGUCUAUUUUCCUAUGAUGGGCUGACUUCAAUUAUUGUUCACUACAAUGUUUCUGAUCCUUAUCAUAUUUGGCAUGUCAGGUUUAUUGAAAAGGACCAAAUAAUCCAAAUUCACUUAUUUAUGCUUUGAUCCUGAAUUCAGUAG